AGGAAGGCGCUCCAGUUCCGGGUCAGGCCCUUCUCCCGCCUCCCUCGGCCUCCGCCAUGGCGAACAGUGGCGGCGCCGGGGCGGCGACGACGGCGGCGAACAUGAAUGCGGUGAGGGAGACCAUGGACGUUCUGCUUGAGAUUUCCAGAAUUUUGAAUACUGGCUUAGAUAUGGAAACUUUGUCUAUUUGUGUACGGCUUUGUGAACAAGGAAUUAACCCAGAAGCUUUAUCAUCGGUUAUUAAGGAGCUUCGCAAGGCUACUGAAGCACUAAAGGCUGCUGAAAAUAUGACAAGCUGACUUUCUGGAGAAAUUCUGAUGAGAUAUGUCAAGCUCUGCAGGAGGAUUUGAAGAUUGCUUUGUAGUCAAGAAUGUACAAUGAAAUUACUGCAUGCAUCAGUGUAGAAAAAUUUUCCUUUUUAUAAGAAUUAUAAAACCAUAGCUUUAUAAAUCAGUGGAAAGUGGCUUACAGAGAAAACUAUCAGAUGUGUUUACAUCACAUCUUACUCACUUUUUUUUAACAGCUAUAAUGCUUUGGCAUUGUUAUGUUCAUAUUUAUGUAUUCCUUAUUUAUAGCUCUGAUAGCUUUAAUUUUCUAAGCAGUCUGUCUAUCAGAUGUGCACAUCUGCUGUGCCUGGUUGAAGUAUAGUGGAACCCAUCAGUAGUGAUGUGUGGUAGUUAUGACUUGUUGACAUUUCCAUUAUAAACUUUAAUUUUGAAUUGUUUAUGCAUAAAAACUGGAUUUAUGUUGUAUUGGGCUGAAAGUUGACAGGAUUUCCACUACCAUUUGUGAAUUUUGAUUUAAGUUCAUUAUUAUAUCAGAAUCUUGUUUUUUAAAAAAUAAGAGCAUGGAAAACAUUUCUAGUAAUCUGCUCUUUAACAAAGAAUAUUUAGUUUUUUAAACAGUUUGUUGGGCAGUUAAUGUGAACCAGAUAAUUUUUGUAUUGAUUGAAAAAUAAAACUUUUAGAAACUUAGAUUUUAAAGGAAAUGACAGUGUUUAGCCUAGCAUUACUUAUAGUUUGAAUCAUUUAAAUCUAAUGAAAAUGUUAGUUGAGAAUUUUUUUAAGUUUUUAUACCCUAUAAAUGAAGACCUAAAAAAUAAUGUAUAAAAUGAAACA